AUGACGUCGGAAACGGUUCCCGAACCUCGGACUCAUGAUGACUACCACGUCAGAUGGGUCUGCGCCCUGCCCACCGAACAGACCGCGGCGAUCGCUAUGUUAGACCAAAGGCACGCAAGUCUCCCCAAACCUUCGAACGAUAAUAAUACGUAUACACUCGAAUCUAUUAGCAAACAUAGUAUUAUUAUCGCUUAUCUACCUAAGGGUAAAAUCAGCAAUGUUCUAGCCGCGACUGUUACCACAAACAUAAUAUCUACUUUUCCAAGUAUCAAGUUUUGCUUAAUGGUUAGCAUCAGCAGUAGCAUUCCGCCUAAGAUACCUGACUACCUGGAGGAACUAAAGAAAAAGUGGCCAAGAUUGGCACCCAAGUACCCCAGAUCUGAUUCAAUAAAAGAUCAACUGUUCAAGGCGAACUAUAGCCAUGUCAGCGAGGGCACUGCAGAUAAAAGAGUCGUCCUGAUUGAUGAUCAGGAAGCUAAGGAAAGUAAUGCAGAAAACGACUAUCGCUUCUGCAACACAGGCCAAACGCAAGCUCAUACAGCCGCUGUAGCAGCCGCCUUUACAAAGGAAUUACUGGGCCAUGUACAGGCAAUCGACGUUGAGAGGGAGCCUACGGUAGAGAAAGUUCUGAACCGAAUUCAUAAAACUGUUUUGCAAUCUGAUACAAACAUUAAAGAAGUGAAACGUAAGAUGGACCGCAAAGAGGACGUUGAGAUUCUCGAGUGGCUUACGCCUGUCAACUAUGGACCCCAGCAGAGCGACAAUUUUAGCCAACGACAAGAAGGCACUUGUGUUCCUAGAGCAGGCAAAACAAUCAUCACAUCGAUCGUGAUCAAUGAGCUCACUACCCGCUUUGAAGAUGAUAACACCGUUAGGAUCGCAUAUAUCUAUGCACAGAUCUUCAAGCUCCAAGCCCAAUACGCUACAAAGUUUUUCACUACCUCAAGGUUUAUCCCAGAAAUUAUCAAUAUGCUUGAAGUAAGCACAACUAUAGAGAUUCGGGCCCACGAUGAGGAUGUGUUAAGCUUUUUAGACAGCAAACUCUCCCAGUCAGGGCAACUAUUGCAAACAAAUCGGGAGAUGGUCAAGACCGAGAUCACCAAGGCAGUGGGUGGAAUGUUCCUCCUUGCCCAACUCCACUUUCAAUCUGUCUCAACAAAGAAGACGCUAAAGAAGAUAAAAGAUGCAUUAAGCAAUCUUUCAUCUGGGCCGAAGGCAUAUAAUAUUGCUUACAAGAAGGCUAUGGAGAGGAUCACUGGCCAGGAUCAAGAUUCCAAGGAGCUUGCCACGCACCAUGCAUGGGCAGUCGAAGAAAACGCUGUUACGCUUAACAAAGAAAACCUCCCUCAGAUCGAUAAUAUCAUCUCGGAAUACCUUGACCGGACCCGUAACGCAUGGUUCCCGACUGCAAAGUGGGGAAUCACAAUAACCUAUAUCAGGUACCUCUCAUUCGACGUCUUUAAGGGCGGCGUUUGUAGAAGUGAGGACGAAUAUAAGGAACGUCUAACGCGCAAUCCGUUUUAUGGCUAUGCCUCGCACAAUUGGGGGCAUCAUGCUCUCACGGCGUCUAUGGAUGUAGAGCAAGUGAUUAUAGAUUUUCUGGAAACUUCCGCUAAACCAUUUGCCUCAGUCCAGGAAAUCAUGGCUCUUGAGUACCACGCUUGGGAUUACAUUGAAUCUAUAGCAGUUGAGGUACAUACUGCAGCAUAUUUUGGGCUAUCUAACACGGCCUUGGCUUUGUUGAAGAAAGGUCACCGGGCAGAUUCUAAGGGUAUAUAUGGAUGGACUCCAUUAUCAUUCGCGGCCAGAUACGGGCACGAAGAGGUUGUUAAGCUACUUAUCGCCAGGGACGACGUCGACCCUAACUCUACUGAUGGGUAUCACGGAGAAACCCCACUUUCUUGGGCUGCAAAGAGUGGUCACGCUGCGGUUGUCAAAGUCCUCCUUCAGAAGGAAGGGGUGCUCGCAGACUAUGCGGAUGAAAGAGAUCGGACGCCGUUGUCAUUCGCAGCAGAAAACGCGAGGCGGUGCAAUACGAUCCCCGACCGGCAAGGAGAGGAUCGAGAUGCUAUAUCCCAGGCCACUGACAAGAAAUAUAAAGAUCUUUACUGGGCGGCUGAGAAUGGGCAACUGGUAUUGGUUGAGGCCCUUCUACGAAACGGAGCCGACGUCAACGCUCGCCGGUGUAGGGUACGUGAUUUUGGAUGUAUGAGCUUUGGGUACCUGAUGGAGGAAUCAAAGACAGCACUUCAUCUAGCAGCUGGCAACGGGCACAAGGCCAUUUUCAGUUCAGAUGAAAGCGGCAUGCAUGGCAAGACUAUUUCAGUCAACGGGACAGAGGAUGGUGGGACCGAGACAUGCUUGAUUCAAGUAUCCUUUACGGAGCCAUAA